AUGGCGGACGAGCGAGAGUGGCUGGACGCUUGCUUGUUUUUGAGCAAAGGGCCAUCGUUGGCGAUGGAGUUUCUGGACGAGGAAGCUCGCGUGAUGCUGUGGGCUUACUGGGAGCAAGCUCUGGAGGGUCCGGCGGAGGAGCUCUCGCAGGAACAGGGGAUGAGUGAUGAGAGGGCGAGGAAGCGGAGGGAGGCGAGGAGGAGGCUGGGAGAGAUGCCCAAGUCGGAGGCGAGGAGAAAAUUGGUGGGGUUGAUGUCGAGUGUGGUUCCCGAGUGGCGAGAGUGGUGUAGAGAGCAUGGCGAGAGGAUCCGGGAGGAGCAAAGGAGUGGCGGCGAGGCGCAAAAGCUGCUGAGAGCGUUUAGCUUGAAAACCGGGAUUAAAUUGUCGCCUAAGUUGCUUUUCUCUCCACAUCUACCAUGUCCGUGCGUCACGCCCUCUACUUCCACGGUACACGCCGGCCUCGACUACCGCGACGCCGAGGUCGCCCGCGGCGGCAUUUACCUCGUGCCCAGCGCCCCCAUCAUCGAGGCCGAGUACCGCGCGCUCGUCGCCUGCCUCCACACCGCCUCCCACCUCCGCGUCUCAAUCCUCCGCGUCUAUGGCGACUCCCAGCUCGUUGUCAACCCGGCGGAGUGCUGUCGGCAGCGCCUUGGAUCGCGCAGCUCGGAAUCGCCAGUUCUUGGUGGCGCCGGGGCGGAUUCCAUCGGAUUUGCCAGGAAAUCUGUGGGCAGGGGCUAUGUCUUGGACGUCCAUCCACUCUGCUACCGCGGGAGCAAGCCGGAUUCCAGCGAGUUUUUGUGGUGGAUGAGAGCGUUUCUUCGCAGGAUUGUGCUUGCCGAUCCAGUGAUUGCUGUUUUCGAUGGCGAAUUUGGGAAUGACUAUAGGAGAAAAAUUCUUCCUUCUUACAAGGCUGGAAGGAGGAAAUUCAAGCCUCUAGAUCCGAGCUUCAAAUGGACAAGAGGUUUAGAGGCGAGUUUCUCUCGUUUCCAACGCUUUCUUCGACAGUGUAACAUACCUGUUGUGAAAGUUGAUAAUGCUGAAGCGGACGACGUCGUUACGACACUAGCUCGGCAAGUUACCGACAGGAGUUUGAAGGCAGUCAUUGCAUCCCCGGAUAAAGAUUUCAAGCAGCUGGUUUCGGAAAAGGUCUAGCUGCUGAUUCCGUUCGCGGAUCUACGAAGGUGGUCAUUUUACACUGUCAAGGAUUACGUUGAACAACACAAAUGCGAGCCUGGGAUUGAAUUGGGACUUCGAUGCUUGCUAGGGGAUGCUGCUGAUGGUGUUCCCGGUGUGCCUGGUUUUGGACGGAAAACAGCUCUGAAACUUAUGAGGAAGCACGGCUCGCUAGAAAAUCUAUCAAGUGUAGCGGCAAUUGGAAGCCAUACAUACAAGAUGCUCUCAAGCGAUCUUGCUGCAUUCCAAUGGCUGGAGAAGGAACUUGAAACGUUGUAGGUUUUUUAGCAGCAGUGAACUGAUCAGGCUCGAGAAACCUCGGGGUCUUUCAAAUGAGGAUGCUCUUGCAGUAUACAGGAGAAUGCAAUGAAACCAGCCAUUGGCAUUGUUGUUGGUGCUCUCAAGGUAUGUAGAAGCACGAGAGAUCUACAACUAGGCAGGAGAAUUCACAGGGAUGUUUCCGAGACAUGUGACUUCUCAA